AUGGAGUCAUCGAUUUUGUCCAAUAUUAUUCAAGCGUGUCCACACAACGAUCUUUCUGGCCUAUCUAUCGACACAUGGAUCAGCAGUCUUCAGUUUGGGUAUAACGAGUCGGCCUCUGACGAUUGCUCUAUUCUCGACGACGGAACCGGUAGCCAGUGUAAGGCCUCAUUCACAUUCGAGAGUGAGGCAACCACGUGGUACAACCCAGGUCAACUUCCAUCGGGAUUUCCUGGAACGGCACCUCUAUCGGACACCACGAAUGCUGGAAGUCUAACGGUUGCUCCCGAACCCUACACAUUUUCGCUCUUUCCGGCCUACACCUCUGUCAUUUCUCCGGUUCCAUACAACGCGAAGGCUGUCACUGCGGUGAACACGGAAACUGCAGCGCAAUCUGCUACAGAGACUGGUACAGGAGCCGGCUCUACAGAGACUGGUACAGGAACCAGCUCUACAGGGACAGAUUCCGCGAGCUCAUCUAAAACUAGUAAAGGUGCCGCAAGAAAUCUUGUUUCCCCUAUAAGCUCUGAAAUGAGUGUCUGGGGUCUCGCCAUAUAUACCAUUGCCUGUGCUAUUUGUCUGGUGUAG